AUGAGGGAAUCAAGUAAUUGUUUGCUCCUGUUAGAACAAUUAUAUUUACUCAGCCAUACAUGCAUUUAUCUUAGAUACUUGUUAGAUAGAUCGAUCUUACUGGGGAUUCUUCAAGUAUCUAUAUUGUACACACUCACUUUCAUAGAGAGGCUAUUCAAAGAAAGCGAAGAAAACGAGGAUGAGUGGGAUAUUAUCAAAUUACUCAUUUUGAAAGGGUUACGCAUGCUCCAACUGUUAUUUGUUGUGUCUGUUUGUUAUUGUUUACUUUUAAGGUACCUCAAUUCUGCCCCACAGGGUAAAUUGGCAUCCAUUCUGUUUAUUGGGGAGUUCGAUGAUAGACAGCAUGAUACAAAGUUGUAUAGAUACAAAAUACUCUGUUUGAUCUAUGUAUUAGAUAUCUUUUUAAUGUUGCUACCGUUGAUCAUUGUAAGUAUAUUAGCAAAUGAAUCAUUUUCAAGUGAAAUUCUUAACAGAGACCAAGAUGAAAGAACAGAUCAAAUUGACAAGAUUUUGGAAUCUUUUUUAGUAAAUACAAAAGAGAAAUACGGUAUAAUGACCUUGUUGGGAAUGAAUCUAUUUGAUGAUGCAUUACCAUUAAUUCGUGAUAACAACAACGAUAACGACACCAAUUAUCGAAGAACAAACAACUAUGGCAGUAUUGUAACUUAA